ACCUUCUCCUUCUCGCUUCUCUCACCACCAUGACAGCAUCACACUGUACUUGCUGCUAAACAGAUGAUGAUUUAGAUGAUAUUGGCUCAAAUCAUCUCCUCUCAUCCUCCGCUUUUAAUGAUUGAUCCUAAUGUCAACACGCAUCCAGUUUGCAGCACGGGUCCAGACUUUGAUUGCUAACAAUUUACUGCAUGUUUAUGCCGGACGCCAUUGGAUGGAACAGUGCAGCAGGCUUUUGGACUACGUUGAAGGCACACGAUGAGCUUCAAAAAACUGCUUUUUUAUCUGGCAUUGGGUGUUCUCAGUCUGUUGCUGAGUACAGAAUGUGACCGUGAAAUCAGGCUGGUAGGACACGGGUCGUCACGAUGCUCCGGCAGGGUGGAGGUCUUCCACACUGGCGUGUGGGGGACGGUGUGUGACGACCACUGGAGCCACAUCAACUCUGACCUGGUGUGCCAGGAAAUGCAGUGCGGCUCGACCCUGGCGUCCAAAAAGAGCGCCUAUUUCGGCGAGGGAGUGGACCAGAUCUGGCUGGAUGAUGUGGAGUGCACCGGGAAGGAGCUGUCCAUCCUCAAGUGCCCCCACAGACCCUUUGGGGAGAACAACUGUGGUCACAGUGAAGAUGUCGGUGUGAUCUGCUCUGAACACGUGAGAGUUAGCCACGGAAAGAAUCGGUGUAGCGGCCGACUGGAGAUCUACGUGGACGGGCACUGGAAAAAGGUGUGCAGCAGUGAAUGGAGCAACGUCGAAGCCCAGGUGGUCUGCCGGGAGAUCGGCUGCGGAAAGCCCCUCGCUUCCACGGAAAUUCUGGAUUUUGGGGAAUUGGGCGAAGCCUCUGGGGUCAAAAGCAAAUGCUUGGGGACCGAGAGCUCCAUCUCUCAGUGCUCGCAUGAAGCGGUGAAGGGGGACUGCGUCGUCGCCAGCGUGCACUGCUCCAACAGCCAACCUCUCCGAUUGGUCAACGGCACCAACAGGUGCUCCGGCCGUGUGGAAGUCUUCUACCAGGAAGAGUGGGGGACAGUUUGCGAUGACAAAUGGGGGAUGCAGGAGGCGGCUGUCACCUGCCGUGAGAUGAACUGCGGGGCUCCGCUGUCUGCCAAAUACCACGCCUUCUUUGGCCCCGGCAGCGAUCAGAUGUGGUUAGACGAAUUGGAGUGCACUGGCCACGAGAAGUCCCUGGUGGACUGCCCGCACAGAGGAUUCGGGGAGCACGACUGCAGCCAUAAUGAGGAUGCCGGCGUGAUAUGUUCAGAAACUAUUCGAUUGACCAACGGGACCACGCACUGCUCAGGUCGACUGGAAGUCUUCCACAACGGCCACUGGGGCAAACUGUGCAAUCACAACUGGGGCACCACAGAGGCCAAAAUGGUGUGCGAGGAGCUCGGUUGCGGGCCUCUCUCCAAAACCGCAGAGUAUUUUGGCGAAAGUGAUCUCACUGCGUUGAGGGCCGCCUGCCCAAGAGAUGCCACCGCGUUCUCCCAGUGUUCCGUUGAGGAAACCUCUGACACAUGCAGAGGGGUGUCACUCUCGUGCGCAGGGACCCCAUCGUUAAAGUUCGUCAACGGCACAGACCGGUGCUCUGGCAGAGUGGAAAUCUUCCACGACGGCCAGUGGGGGACAGUGUGCGACGAUUCCUGGGACAUUAGAGACGCCCAAGUGGUGUGCCGAGAGAUGGACUGCGGGACAGCCAUGACGGCCAAACAUGGCGGCUUCUUCGGCGAAGGCACGGGGGAUAUCUGGCUGGAUGAUGUGGAAUGUGUGGGCAAUGAGUCGUCCUUGGCCCACUGUGGGCAUUCCUCCUUUGGAGAUAAUAACUGCGGUCAUGCUGAGGACGCCGGCGUGGUGUGUUCAGCUACCAUCCGACUGAUAAAUGGCACCGACCAGUGUUCCGGGCGGGUGGAGGUGUUCCACAACGACGGCAGAUGGUCAUCGGUGUUUAAUGUUAACUGGGGGAUGAACGAAGCGGCGGUGGUGUGCAGAGAAAUGAACUGCGGUGACCCCGUCAAGACUUCAGGCUCAUUCGGACGCAGCGGCGACUUACGAGGAUACAAGGUCAGCUGCGGCGGCAAGGAAAAUUCCCUCACCCAGUGCACACUGAGGGAUUAUGAUCGCAGCAGCCACGAUCUCAUCGAGGAAGCGUCUGUCACAUGCUCAGGCAACGUGAGGCUGGCCGGUGGAGACCAUCCUUGCGUCGGGAGAGUGGAGUUCUACGAAAAAGGCCAAUGGGGCAACGUGUGCGGUGAAUUGUGGGACAUGACAGAUGCGACUGUAGUGUGCCAACAGCUGCACUGCGGCAAAGCUCACAAGAUCACCAUGAUGGAGGAGUACGGCCAUGGCUCGGGACACACCUGGAUCGACCAGAUGGAGUGCAACGGCAUGGAGUCCACGUUGGCCCAAUGCCGCCAUACUCCAUUCUUGGACAGAAGGUGUAACGCCACGUCCAUUGCUGGCGUUAUAUGCUCAGACAGCUUGGCGGUUCGUUUGGUGAACAGCGACGUCGGGUGCACGGGCAGAGUGGAGGUCCAGCACGGCGCCGUUUGGCACUCGGUGUGCGACGCCUCCUGGGACAUGAGCAAAGCUCAAACGGUGUGCGAGCAUCUGGAAUGCGGUCAAGUCGUGACCGCUCCCGGCGGGGCGCAUUACGGCCAGGGUAGCGGGCCCGUGGUGGAAGCGGAUGACUUGUGUUUCUCCAACAGCACCGCUCUUGAGCAGUGCUCAUUCAGGGGCUUCAAUAAGUCGACAUGCGGCCACGGACAUGACGCUGGUGUUUCCUGUGCAGCAAAGGUGAGGUUGGUCGGCGGCUGGAGUGGAUGCUCUGGCCGGGUGGAGAUCUUCUAUCAGGGCGAGUGGGGGACCGUUUGUGACGACGAGUGGGAGAUGGUCAAUGGCGACGUGGUGUGCAGAGAGCUGGGCUGCGGUCACGCCGUGUCCGCCCCCAUCAGCGCCCACUUUGGGAAAGGCACCGGCCCCAUCUGGCUGGAUAAUGUCGAGUGCACGGGCGACGAGGCCGCCAUCACACAUUGCAACCAUCCUGGAUUCGGGGAAAAUAACUGCGGACACAGUGAGGACGCCGGUGUUAUCUGCUUGGGCUCUCUGGAGAAGCCUCAGGUGACAGUGAGUCCAUCCGUGGAGGUCAACUGGGGCGAAAGCCUGGAGUUCACCUGCAGCGUCCUGACGGAGCACAUGGGCGGCACCUUCUUCUUGAAGAAGGCCCAAGGCUCGUUUAAAAUCCAGAAGUAUUCCGAGAACGAGGCCGCGACCUUCAUGCUCCCCAAAGUCAACUUCAGCCACCAGGGGUCGUACUACUGCGAGUAUCAGAAGAAGCUGUCAAAUAACUUAAUCUACUACCCUCAAGGGAAUCCAGUGGAGAUCACCAUCAAAGUGUCACUGGAGAAGCCGUUCAUCUCCAUGACAACCUUCCAGGUGAUGGUGGUCUACAGCCCGCAAGAGGUGUCGGUCACACGAGGGAGCAGCUUCUCCAUCACGUGCUCUGUCCACACCUUGUACUCCAAAGGCGUCUUCCACUUGAAGAACACAAACACAAACACCUCCGUGACAAAACCAGUGUUUGGACACGCUGUCUUCUACCUGGCCUACUUUGAAUUCCCCGAGAUAGAGGACAAACACCAAGGAGCGUACGUCUGCAUCUACGCUGUCAACAUCUCCUCCAGGGUUUUUUGGUCUCCUCCCUCCAAGUCGUUCUACGUCACUGUCGUCUCGGCAUCGUCUUCGUCGAUGGUCUCAGGACUUGUGAGUGGGCUGGUGCUACUGCUGCUGCUGCUCAUUGUGGGAUAUCUGGUGUGGAGGAGGAGACAGCAUGCUGGCGCCGUGGUUCAGUUCAGCAACAGGUUUGGAGGAGCGAUGAAACCACAGUCGGACGACAGAGGCAACGGAGCCCUCGACAGCGGAGAUCGGAACCCGUCUGUGAUGAAAGAGCGAGGAGCACGCCGCCUGCAGAAGGAGGAGGACAAGGCCGCUGAUGUGGACUCGGAGAACUCUGUGGAGAGAGACCCCGAGGACCUGGCGGGCCGAGUGUGUUACGAGCUUGAACCGCUUGUUCUCUAGUGAUCAUGUGGUGCUGUGACGCAAACGAUUAGGCCUUGUUUACAUACAGUACACACCGGACACUUCAUUAGGUACACCCGCAGACUGUCAUGCCAUCCAGAACAACAGUUGCAUACACAUUUGUACAUGCCUUUUUUGGAAGAACAGGUACACAUUUGUACCUACUGUAAUACCUUCUCCUGGUCAAGGCAGAUGUUUUACUUUUCAUGUAUAUCAUUCCAUUGCAAAAGCUUUGCCAUUCCGUCACAUUUUUACUUCCGAAAAUGGUUAAAGAUCCUCUAUUUGACAGUUGAUUUUUUGUGAAGGAUCCUCUGUAUGACAGGACCUCAGUUUAUUUAAGGACCUACUACAAAAAUAAGAGUCAAAGAUCCUCCAUAUAACAGCAUUUUGGGUGUCAAAGAUCUUCUAUAUGACAGUAGUUGUUUUAUUUUUUUUAAGGAUCUUCUGUAGAAAUGCUAGUCAAAGAUAUUCAAUAUAACAGGAGUUCUGCUUUUUUAAGGGCCUACUAUAAAAUGCUAGUCAAAGAUCCUUUAUAUAACAGGGCUCUGUUGUUUUUAGGAAUCUGCUGCAAAAAUUUUGCUAUUCAAAGAUCCUAUAUAUGAGCUGUUGUUUGUAAGGACCUUCAAAAACACAAGUCAGAGAGCUUCUAUAUUACAGAGCUCUGACAUUUCUUUUUAGAAUUUUGAAGAAACAUCCUCCAUAUGAGAGAUUCGCUAUAUAACAAGUGAGCUGAGUUUUCAAGCAGUAGUCAAAGAUUGUCUAUAACGCCCCGCUGCAGAAACUGUUAGUCACGCCCAUGUUUUGAGCUGAACCCACAAGACUUUUUUUAUGUCCAUCCUGGGCCACCGGUUGAAUAGCGUCGUGUUAGCUUGCGCAGUUGUACUUUACGAAUACUCCAAAUGUUGACGUUACCAAAUGUUUGGUGUGGUUGAUGAACAAACCUGGAAGUUAUUUUUCCCCUCAAGCUAACAAGAAAACACAGAAAUGAAACACGUUUUGCUCUCUUUUUUUUCUUUUCUACUGCACGUGAGCUUCUUCCUGAAAGAUCAAGUCAAGUCAUGAAGCAGAUCGUUCCAUGUGUAUCAAUGCUAUAUUUGCUUUGCUUUGUAUAUUGUUGCAUCAUUUCUUUGUUGUUGCUGCGGUUGUACAUGCAAACCAAUACAUGUGUAUUUCCUA